GCAGUGAUGCGAUGUUCAAAUGGCAACUUCUCUGAAACACACCAGGUUAUUUUGUAAAAUCACUAAAUAACGCGUCAGGAUCAUAGAAUUCCAGAGAAACAGAGGAGGAAAGAGACUUCCUCUGUUUCCCCUGCACCCACCAUGGGGAAGGAUGAUGUGAAGACAGACAUCAGUCGGGACCACCCUUUCCUGUCGGACAUCUUUCAUCGGGUAACGAGGGAUGUCAGUGACCUGACACGGGAGGUCCACCACUGGGAUGAAGAGGAACGCGCCGCGUCUGUGGACGAGCAGGAGAAAGAGACACUGGGUCCAGUCACAAUACAGAAGGUAGACGACUAUCUGGAUAAGUUCUUCUCAAGGAGGGCGGCGUUCACUGAAGAAGACUUUCAAAUCACAAGAGACGCGAAAAAGCCAGAGAGGACACUGAAAAAAGACAUGGGUCUAACCCAACACAAGUCCACCUUUGCUGAAGUACUUAAAGCUGUCCAAUUUUUCUUGUCGGGUAAAUCGGAUGUGAACGAUUGUUCAAGACCACCUGAGUCCGAGACUGUCGCAGAUACUGAAGUGUCUGAAACUAAACCUGCAUUUUCAAAGUACGGAGAUAAUGAUUUAAUGUCAGAUAUUAAUUUGGACCACCCGGUUACAGGCGUCUUCAGUCAGGUAACGAAGGAUGUCAAUCACCUGGUACAGAAGGUACAUCGCUGGGAUAAAGAGGAAUGUGCCAUGUCCGAGGAUCAGGAGGAGAAAAGCAUGCUAGGUCCGACCACUAUACAGAAGGUAGACGACUAUCUGGAUAAGUUUUUCGCAAGGAGGACAGCAUUUGCCCAAGAGGAUGCGUGGAAACCCAAAAAAGAGAUGAGUCUGUCCCAACAGAAGUCUGCCUUUACGGAAGUUGUUAAAGCUGUGAAAAAAUUCCUUCCAGAUAAAUUGGAUUUUGAGGAGCCUGAAACAAGACCGUCCUCCAGAAAAUCUACUGGUUCAGAGGAGAGCCCCACCAAGGACCCCCAGCCUGACAUCAGUCCAGUUACCGUGGAUGAGGGUCUUAGUGCUGCUGCUGAAGUUAAGGAGGAAGGAGCGGAAAGCGGUUCUGAGACCUCUUCAGCCAAGUCCGAGAAAAUUGUGGAUUUUGAAGUCCUUGUUCCUGCUGAAGAUGAGAUGGAAACCUGCCGAAUUUCUUCAGCUGAUGAUGCAGAUGAAGAUGUCUCCAAGUCCCCUUCACCUGCCCCUGAAGAAAUAACUGAUGACACUCAACAUGGCGUCUCUCCAGCUACGCUCGAUGGGGAUGCGAGUGUUGCUGCUGAAGAUGAGAUGGAAACGUCUACCCUGGCAGUAGAAACCAGUUCUCAGACCUUGGAGAUCUGCAGUAUCUCUUCAGCUGAGUUAGAUGAAGAGGUCUCUGAGAUAGACAGCAAGAAAACCGCUUCCCCCGUUUCUCCUACGACCACUGAAGCAUCCACCUUGGAGGUAGAAGACGGUUCUCAGACCUUUGAGGAGACUUGCAGGGUCUCCCCAUCUUCAUCUGAGUCAGGAAAGGAAGAGAAACUUAUCACUUUUGCUCAAACUUUGUUAGAUGAGUUUAUAAGAGCUGAUCCUGACGCACAAACAAGUCCCCCUGAUGUAGCAAAGAUUUGCUCUGAGGUACUAAGGGACUCGGGUGGUAUCUGUGCAGGUUUGGAAGUUUCACAGGAUGACAAGCUCACUGCCUCCAUUAACCUACCAAGAAUCACUGUAACUAUUGAGGUGUCUGAGGUAGUAAGCACGUGUUCUGAGACCACCUGCAAUAUACAACUGCACUCUCCAGUUGUAUCAGAGGAUACCAUAGAUGUUGUCCCAGAGAGCAGACCAUCAUCCAGUCAUUUAGCUGAAUCACAAGGCACCAGAAAACCACCUCCCCCUACUGCUGAAGCAGUACAUGAUGAGUUAGAUGCAGUCACAUCUGAAGUAGCAGACAGUUCCAUCACGGCCAUAGAAGACAUCUGCACUUCCUCUUCAGCUAUGUCAGAGGAGGGUAGAGGUGAAGGAGUCCCUGAGAUGAGAUCUCAAGGCAUCAGCACUAUACCAUCCCCCGUUUCCCCUCUGUCCACCGCUGUAGCAGUCGCUGACAAAACCCAGCCUGGCAUCACAGUGGAGUCUACUUAUAAGGUUUGCACUGAGGCCUUUGAAGAGACCUGCAGUUUCUCUCCAGCUGAGUCAGAUGAGUGUAGAGAUGAAAAAGCUGCUGAGACAAGACCAUUUCUCAGUGACUCUAUUGGACCAAAGGACGGCAGGAAAACGGCUUCCCCUGCUUGCCUCAUACCUCACACUGGAGCAGUAAGUGAUGGCACCCAACUUGGCAUCUGUCUAGAUACUCUGGAUAAGUUUCAGAGUGUUACUGUUAGAGUUGAGGUUGAAACUUUCACCAGUGAUGAAACAGUUGGUUCCUCUGAGAUUUUCGAACAAACCCGCAUUCUCUCUUCAGUUGUGUCGGACAAAAUCAUGGGUUUGGUUGACAAUGAGGUUCCAAGAGCUGCUGCUGAAAAUGAGAUGGAAAUGUCCGGCCUUGCGGUAGAGCGUGUUUCUCAGACCUUUGAAGAGACCGGAAGAGUCUCUCCAGCUCUGUCUGAGUCAGGGAAUGACGAGAACCUUUUAAACUUUGCUCAAACUUUGUUAGAUGAGUUUUUAAGAGCUGAUCCUGAUGCAAAAUCAUCUCCCCCUGAUGUGGCAAAGAUGUGCUCUGGGGUUCUCAAAGACACCGGCAGUAUCUCUCCACCUUUAGAAGAUACUGACACAAGACCAUCCUCCAGCCAUUAUAGCGGAUCACAGGAUGACACGCACCCAGCCUCCACUGCUUUGUUAACGCCUACCACUGCCACACCAUUAUUCACUUUAACUCUUGAAAUGUCUGAGAUAGCAGAAAAGAUAGCAGAGAACUUUAAGGAUACCCACAAGGUCUCCCCAUCUGUGUCAGAGGAUGCAAUAGAUUUUGAAGACACAGGGAGACUAUCAUGCACCCAUUCAACUGAAUCACAAAGCACUAGAAAAGAACCUCCCCCUACCCCUGCAACAGAAUUUGAUGAGGUCGAUGCGUUCACCCAGGUAGACAGUUGCACUGAGGCUUUUGAAAAAAUCUGCACUCUCUCUCCACCUGUUUUGGAAGAUGGCAGAGAUGACAAUGUUCCUAAGACGAGGCCCUCCAGCCCUUAUGUGGAAUCACAAGACAGCAUUCUUACCACCGAAGUAGUCACUGAUGACAACCUAUCUGGCAUCACCCCAACAAUUUUGGAUGAGGAAGAUACAUUUACUCCUGAGAUGGCGGACCGUUGCACUGAGGCCUUUGAGGAGACCUCCAUUAGCUAUCCAGGUGUGUCAGAAGAUAGAGAUAACGUCCCUGAGACGAGACCAGUAAUUGAUGAAACCCUAUCUAUUGUGGAUGAGGAGGCUUUUGAGGACACCUGCACUCUCUCUGGAUCAGAUGAUGGUGCAGUCCCUGAGUCAAGACCACCUUCCAGUCACUUUACCAGAUCAGAGGAAAGCAGGACACCUUCCCCCGUGUCGACCAUACCUACCAUUACAGAAGUAACUGAUGACACCCAAUGUGGCGCCACCUCACCCAUUUUGCAUGAGAUCACUGAGGUUGGACACAGUGUCGCUGGGGCCUUUGAUGAGACCUGCACUGUCUCUCCACCUUGCCCUGUUUCCCCCAUACCUACCACAACAGAAGUAUUAGAUGAAACCCUACCUGCAUACAUCACCCAAGCUAUUUUGGAUGAGGUGUAUGCGGUUACUCAGGUGGAAGAUGGUGUCACUGAGGCCUUUGAGGAGACCUGCAAAAUCUCUCCACCUGAGUCAGAAGAUGACAAAGAUGAAGUCUUUCCAACCACGCUGGAUGCAGUUCCAAGUGCCGAAAAUGAGAUGGAAACAUCCACAAGGGUGGAUAAUGAGGUAGAAAUUUCUCAAACCUUGGAGGAGACCUGCAGGCUCUCUCCAGCUGUUUCAGAGUCAGCAACAGAUGACAACCUUCUCACCUUUGCUCAAACCUUGUUAGAUGAGUUUGUAAAAGCUGAUCCUGACAUAACAAAGCCCCCUCCUGAUGUGGCAAAGAUUUGCUCUGAGGCUCUUAAAGACACGAGCAGCAUCCCUCCAGCUUUUAAAGCUUCAGCCCCAAAACCAUUGUCCAGCCACGAUCUCGAAGCACAUGAUUUCAAGCACACAGUGUCCCCCUCAACAUCUACCACUGCCACAUUAAGUGAUGACACCCGACCUAGAAUCUGUGUAUCUCUUGAGAUGUCCACUACCUUUGAGGUCGCCGCCGAUACCUGCAGUGCCUCUCCAACUGUGUCAGAAGAUACCAGAGAUUUUGAAGUCCAAGAGCAUAGACUAUCAUUCAGCCACUUACGAGAAUUAGAAGGCACUAAAGAAACACCUCCCCAUACCACUAAUAUGGUAACCCCUGAGGUUGCAGACACUUGUAAAGAGGCCUGUGAGAUCUGCAUACUCUCUCCAGCUGUAUCAGAGGAUGGUAGAGAUGAAGACGUCAUUGAGACACAUUCCCCUGUUUCCCCUGUGCCAGUCACUGCAGUAAUAACUGAUGACACUCUUCCCGACAUUUCUCCAGCUGUACUGGAUCAGGUUCUGAGUACUACUAUUCAACAUGGGGUGGAUAUGUUCACCACUGAGGUGGCAGACGGUUGCAGCAAGGCCUUUGUGUCAGCGGAAGCUAUGGAUGAAGACUUACUUAAGACACGACCCUCCUCCAGUUGCUUUAUAUCCCCUAUUUCCCAAAUACCUACUACUACAGAGGUAACUGAUGACACCCAACCUUGCAUCACAUCUAUUUUGGAUGAGAUAGAUACAUUCACCACUGUGAAUGCGGAAGACAGUUUCACUGAGGCCUUUGAGAAUGCCUCUCCAGGCAUGUCAGAGGAUAGUAGAGGGGAAGUCUCUGAGACAGGACCAUACACCAGCUGCUUUAUCAGAUCAGAUGAGGGCAGGCUAACCGCUUCCCCUGUUUCUACCUCAUCUACCGCUACAGAAAUUGCUGAUGACACCCAAACAGGCAUUACUCCAUAUAUUUUGGAUGAGAGGGACAGGGUCACCUCUAAGGUCGAAGACAGUUGUACUAAGGAAUUUGAGGAGACCAGUGGUGUCUCUCCAGCUGAGUUAGACAAUGGUGAAGAUGAAGAAAUCUCUGAGGCAAGGCCAUCCUCUGUUUCUGCCUUACCUACAGCAACAGAAGUAACGGAUGACACCCAACCUGCCAUGACUCCAUCUAUUUUGGUUGAGGUGGAAAUAGUCAGUCCUACAGUAAAGGAUGUUUGUACUAUGGCCUUUGGGGAGACCAGUGGUGAAGAUGAAGUCUCUCAGACUGGACCAUCCUCCAGCCUCCUUACAAUUUUAGAGGAAACACCUUCCCCCGAAUCUGUUAUACCUACCACUACAGAAAUAACUGAUGACACUGGCAUCACAUCACCGAUUUUGGAUGGAGUAGAUAUGUUCAUCCUUGAAGUUGCUGAGGCUCUUGACAAGACCUGCACUAUCGUUCCAGUUAUGUCAGAGGAUAGUAGAGAUGAAGCCCCUGAGACAAGACCAUCCUCCAGCCAACCUUUUUCUGUUUACCCUAUUCCUACCACGACAGUAGUAACUGAGGACACCCAACCUGUCAUCCCUCGAGGUGUUUUGGAAGAGGCAGAUACAUUAACUCCUAGAGUGGAAGACAUUUGCACUGAGUCUUUUGAAGGGACUAAUAUCUCUCCAGCUGAGAGAGAAGUCUCCCCUACACCUUCUACCGAAACAAUACCUGACAAAACCCGACAUGGAAUCUCUCCAAGUGCUGCGGCUGAAGAAGAGAUAGAAACAUCAACCCUUGAGGCAGAAAACAUUUCUCAGACCUUUGACCAUACCUGCGGGGUCUCUCAAGCUCCGUCUGAGUCAGGAAAGGAAAACCUUUUAAGUUUUGCUCAAACUUUGUUGGAUGAGUUUAUAAGAGCUGAUCCUAAUGCAUCCACGCCCCCCCCUGAUUUGGCAAAGAUUUGCUCUGAUGCGCUUAAAGACACCGUCAGUAUACCUCACGGUUUGAAAGCAUCCGUCUCAGGACCAUCCUCCAGCCACUAUACCGGAUCACAAGAUGUCAAGUACACAGCCACCCCUGUUUCCUCAACACCUAUCACUGCCAUGUUAAGUGACACCCAAAUAAGAGUCUGUUUAACUGUCCCCCCAGAUGUGUCAGAGGAUACCAGCAAUAUUGGAGUUGUAGAUAAUAGACUGUCAUUCAGCUACUCAACUGAAGCAACUGCAGCAACUUCAUCAACUACUGCUGCAGUGGAUACAUUCACCCUUGAGGUGGUAGAUGGUUGCACUGAAGUCUUUGAGACAGCACCCUCCCCUGUUCUCCACAUUCCUGCGACUGUAGAAAUAACUGACAAUAUUCCAUCAGGCAUUACCCCAGCCAUUUUGGAGGGGGUUCUGAGUACUUCUACUCAAGACGAAGUAGAUACAUUCAUCCCUGAUGUGGAAUUCAGUUGCACCAAAGCCUUUGAGGACACCUGUAGUAUUGCUCCAGCUGUGUCAGAGGAGGGCAAAGAUGAAGGUGUUGAGAUAAUUACAGGGUUACAGGAUAGCAUGUCAACAUCUUCCCCUGUUUCAGCCAUACCUACCACUGAUGGAACCGUACCUGUCAUCACCCAAGCUAUUUUGGAUGAAGUGGAUACAUUCACUCCUAGGGUGUCCGACAGUUCCAUUGAGGCCUUUAAAGACACCUCUCCAGCUGUGUCAGAUGAUAGUAGAGAUGAAGUUUUUCAGAAAAGACCGUCCUCCAGCAGGACAACUCCUUCUCCUGUUUCCCUUAUACCUACUACUGCAGCAGUGACUGAUGAUGCCCAAACUGGCACUACCCCUUCUAUUUUGGAUGAGGUCACCCCUGUGAUGGCAGGGAGUUGCACUGAGGCUUUUGAGGAGACCUUCACACACUCUCAAGCUGUGUCAGAGGACGGUAGAGAUAAGGACGGUCUUAUGACACAAAUCUCCAGUUGCUCCUUAGGAUUACAAGACAGCAGGACAACACCCUCCCCUACUGCACUAUUAACUACCACUACAGAGGUAACUGAUGACACCCAACCUGGCAUCACCCCAGGUAUUUUGGAUGAGGUGGAUACAUUUAUUCCUAUGGUGGCUGACAGUUCCAUUGAGGCCUUUAAAGACACCUGCAGUAUCUCUCCAACUGCAUCAGAUGAUGGUAGAGAUGAAAAUAAAGCACUGUCCUCCGGCACGACAACACCUUCCAUGGUUUCCUCCAUACCUACCACUGCAGCAAUAACUGAUGUCAUCCAACCUGGCACUACAGUUAAUUUAAAUGAGCUGGAUAUGGUCUCUCUUGACGUGGCAGGCAGUUGCGCUGAGGCCUUUGAGGAGGCCUGCAGUGUCUCUCAAGUUGAGUCAGGGGAAAGUGGAGAUAAAGCUCCUCAGACUAGAUCGUCAUUCAACCUCUCUAUAAGAUUACAGGACAACAGGACAACACCUUCCCCUGUUUCCCCCAAACCUCCCACUGCAAAAGUCAUUGAAAUCAACCUACCUUGCAUUGCCCCAGCCAUUAUGGAUGAGGUGAAUACAUUUACUCCUAUCAAGGAAGACAGUUGCACUAUGGCCUUUCAGGAGACCUGCAGUAUCUCUCCAGCUGAAUUAGAUGAAGUUUCUGAGACAAGACCCUUCUCCAGCCACUCUGUCCAAUCAGAGGGCAGCACAAAAACUGCUUCCCCUGUUUCCCCCAUACCUAUCACUGAGGCAGUGCUUGAUGUGGUGGAAAUGUUCACCCCUGAGGUGGCAGAUCAUGGUUCUGAGGCCUAUGAGGAUACCUGCACUCUAUCUAAAGCUGUGUCAGAGGAUAGUAGAAAGGGAGUCCCUGAGACAAGACAGGUCUCCAGCCACUCCGUGUCAAUACAGGACAGCAGGAAAACACCUUCCACUGUUUCCCCCAUACCCAUGGCUGAAGCAGUAACUGACGACACUCUACCUGGCAUCACAUCAGUUUUAGGUGAGAAGGAUAUGCUGACUGCUGAAGUGGCAGAGAGUUGUGCUGGGGCAUUUGAGGAGACCUUCAGUAUCUCUCCAGCUGAGUCAGAGGAUGGUGAGAAUGAAAUCACUGACACGAUACCGUCCUCCAGCCACACUAUCAGAUCACAGGACAGCAGGACAACACCUUCCCCUGUUUCCCCUCUACCUAAUGAUGCAGCAGUAACUGACGACACUCUACCUGGCAUCACAUCAGUUUUAGAUGAGAUGGAUAUGGUGACUGCUGAAGUGGCAGAGAGUUGUGCUGGGGCAUUUGAGACCUUCAGUAUCUCUCCAGCUGAGUCAGAGGAUGGUGAGAAUGAAGUCACUGACACAAUACCGUCCUCCAGCCAUACUAUCAGAUCACAGGACAGCAGGACAACACCUUCCCCUGUUUCCCCUCUACCUUAUGCUGCAGCAGUAACUGAUGACAUGCUACAUGGUGUCACUCCAGCUGUGUUGGAUGGGGUUCUGAAAACUCCUGCUGAAACAGAGGUGGAUAUGUUAACCUAUGUGGUAGCAGAAACCUGCACCAAGGUCUUUGAGAACUUCAUUCUCUCUCAAGCAGAACCAGAAGUCCAGGAUGAUGGCAUUGUCAAAGACACAAUGCCAAUUUCUACCCUCACUACCAGAUUACAAGACAGCAGGACAACAUCGUCCCCUGUUACCACCAUACCUACCACUGCAGAGGUAUCUGAUGACAACCUAUCUGGCAUUACUUUUGCUAUUUUAGAAGGGGUGCUGAGUGCUCAUCCUCAAACUGAUGUGGAUUUGUGCACCCCCGAAGUAGAAGAAAGUUGCUUGGAGGCCUUUGAGGAGAUCUGCAGUCCAAGUGUGUCAGAGGAUGAAGGAGAUGAAGUCUCUGAAAGAACUCCAUCCUUUAGCAUCAGUGGUGCAUUACAGAAGAGGGACACUUCCCCUGAUUUCCUUGUUCCUACUACUUUAGGAAAAACUGAUGACAAACUAGCUUGUAUUAUUCCAGUAACAAGAUCGUCUUCCACAGUUUCCCCUUUAAAUCUCACUCCGACACAAAUGGAGGCUUCUUUAUGCAGCUUUUCCCAAGCAAUCUUAAAUGGGCUUCUGAAGACUCUUGCUGACAAUGACAUGACAUUCACCCCUGAAACAGUUGUGGCAGACAGUUGUUCUCAUACCCUCAGUAGGAUCAUGACUCAAAUGAAUCAGGACAAACUGAGAACAGGAGGUAAAACCAAGGGGACGUGUUAUUCACACUCUUCUCACGAGACACCCUCCAUCACACCUGAGUUGCAGAAAAGGGAGAAGUCCUCUGUGUGGAGAAAGGUUUUUGGUUUUGGCCAGAGCUACAAAAUCCAUCCACUUACACAGGAAGAUUCAAAAGAAUAUUCCCGCUCUCCUUUAGUGACAUCUUCCACCACAGAGGACCUUUUCCUGUCUGAAGAUGAAACUCAGGAAUUUCCAAAAAAGAAGACAUCUGUAUGGAGAAAGGCUUUUGGUUUGGGGCGGAGCAGCAAGAUCCAUCCACUUCAACACGAGGAUUUAAAAGAAUAUUCUUUUUCUCUAGAGACACCCUCCACCAUCGAGGACCAGUUCCUGCCUGAAGAUGAACUUCAUGAAUUGCAGAAAAAGAAGAAGACAUCGGUGUGGAGAAAGGUUUUUGGUUUGAGGCGGAGCAACAAGAUCCAUUCACUUCCACACGAGGAAUUAAAAGAAUCAGAAUCAGAAUCCUGUAUCUUUUUAAAAGAGAAAGAGGACAAGCCCAAGUCCAAACAAAAUUGUUGCCUACAGCUACUCUGUCGGUGCUGCUGUCCCUCAGAAAACUCUUCGUAACCCCGACCUGGACCUGCAGCCACCUCUCUUCUCAUCCCAAAUCCAACAGUUCAAGGCUAAUGCUCAUACACAAAGAUCCCAGUCCUGCACUGCAACUACCCCCCCCCCCUCCCAGAUUCACUCACUACCUAUAAUUUGUCUGUGAUGGGAAAGGUACUGGACAUGUUCCUUCGUGGUCAGUCAUGUCAUUGUGUGAUGUGAGCAUUGCUACCUCAAAGAGUGUUUUUGGGUCAAAUCCAGGUCAGUCCAAACUGACAGUUGAUACCUACACAUUGUCACUUUAAUGCAGUUCAACUAAAGGCACUUCUGUGUGGCGUUUGCAUCGUCAUGAUCCAGCUCUUAGAUCAUGACGGUUAAAGGAAAGAGGAACAACUGGUGGUCUUUUAAAGACAUUUUUUAAUACAAUAACAAAAUCUAUACAAUAACUAAACAUAGUGUGUCAGUCAGUAUCAUCAGUAAUGUAUGUGUGGAUGAGUAGUGGGGGAGUGUUCUGUGAAUAAAUGAAGCUAGAAGAAAAAACGGUCAAUCCAGACUGGGAUUUGAACUGGGGAUUUGAAGCUUGAUGUUUUCCUGUGCUCUGUCGGGCUGAUGCCAGAUCCUGUUGCUUCCUUCAACAACCAUAAUUGAAGAGUGUUGAGGAACCAUCAGGCCAUCACAGCAAGUUUGUUUCCUUGCCCACGUGGGUUCUCUCCAGGGGACAUCAGCAACAGCGGAAGAUCUGCCUAUUUGAUUGGAGAGAGAUUUUUAUGCUGCAUACUCAUCCCAACCCAACCCUCCCAUUCAUCCAGGCUUGGAACCAGCACGAGGGGUACACUGCAUGUGGCCCAACAAUUUGCUUAGCGACAGCCCAGCCUGCCUCUUGACCUGGCGGGGACUUUAUCUGGGAACCCUCUGAUUGCAAAGUUCAGUUUCUGCUCGGCUAUGGGCCGCCCCGUUUUUGUAGUAAAACAAAUUAAAUAAAAUGUAAAGAUUCACAGAUACUGAUACUGCUACUACUAAUUGUAAUGGGGUAGAAUACAUGUUUUAUUUAUGUUUGACAUACAUUUGACAAAUCUUUACUAACCUAACUCGACAACUUUACAGUGACCCGAGGAACGCCCAGUGUAAAAGUGAACACAAUUAAAUAAAUCUUCAGUCAGUCUGAACUCUUGUGAAGUGUCACAU